CGUGAGGAUCUGCACUACAGCUCCCAGAAUGCUGUGUGGGGCGGGGUGCGGGAUGGGGUCUCUGGUCUCGAGGCCCGGACAGAGGAAGGACGACCGAGGUCAAGUACUUUCCGGCGCUGGCUGUAGCAGGAGCGGCAGCUAUGUUGCGGAGAGGCUGCCAGCGUCUCGGAGCGCAGCUCUGCUGCACGCGCAGUGGUCUCCGGGCUUCCGAGAGCGGCCACCGGAACUUGGUCUCCUGCAUCGAUCGUAAGGCUCUCCCGCGGGUGCAGGUGUUCCGGACCCGGGAGGGGCCGCGGACCGCGCUGUCACCCCCGGGAGCUUCCAUGGGACUAAAUGAAGAACAGAAAGAAUUUCAAAAAGUGGCCUUUGACUUUGCUGCCCAGGAGAUGGCUCCAAAUAUGGCCGAGUGGGACCAGAAGGAACUGUUUCCAGUGGACGUGAUGCGGAAGGCAGCCCAGCUAGGCUUUGGUGGGGUCUACGUACGAACAGAUGUAGGUGGGUCUGGACUGUCACGGCUUGAUACCUCUGUCAUCUUUGAAGCCUUGGCUACAGGUUGCACCAGCACUACAGCCUAUAUAAGCAUCCACAACAUGUGUGCCUGGAUGAUCGAUACCUUUGGAAAUGAGGAACAGAGGCACAAAUUUUGCCCGCCACUCUGUACCAUGCAGAAGUUUGCUUCAUACUGCCUCACUGAGCCAGGAAGCGGGAGCGAUGCUGCCUCCCUUUUGACCUCAGCUAAACGACAAGGAGAUCAUUACAUCCUCAAUGGCUCCAAGGCCUUCAUCAGCGGUGGAGGUGAAUCAGACAUCUAUGUAGUCAUGUGCCGAACAGGAGGACCAGGCCCCAAAGGCAUCUCAUGCAUAGUUGUUGAGAAGGGGACCCCUGGCCUGAGCUUUGGCAAAAAGGAAAAGAAGGUGGGGUGGAACUCACAGCCAACCCGAGCCGUGAUCUUUGAAGACUGUGCUGUCCCUGCGGCCAACAGAAUUGGAAAGGAGGGGCAGGGUUUCCUCAUCGCCAUGAAAGGACUGAACGGAGGGAGGAUCAAUGUUGCUUCCUGCUCUCUGGGGGCUGCUCAUGCUUCAGUCAUCCUCACCCGAGACCACCUCAAUGUCCGGAAGCAGUUUGGAGAGCCUUUGGCCAGUAAGCAGUACCUGCAAUUCAAACUGGCCGAUAUGGCGACAAGGCUGGUGGCGUCACGACUGCUGAUCCGCAGUGCGGCCAUGGCUCUGCAGGAGGAGCGGGAAGAUGCAGUGGCCCUGUGCUCCAUGGCCAAGCUCUUUGCCACCGAUGAAUGUUUUGCUAUCUGCAACCAGGCCCUACAGAUGCACGGAGGCUAUGGCUACCUGAAGGACUAUGCUGUUCAGCAGUAUGUGCGGGACUCCAGGGUCCAUCAAAUCCUAGAAGGUAGCAAUGAAGUGAUGAGGAUGCUGAUCUCGCGUAGCCUGCUUCAGGAGUAGCACCCAGACCUGGUGUUCUGGUGUGAUGUUUGAUGUGCCACUCGAAUUGUCCUGGAUGGCUCCUUGUGGACGAUUCUGUUACAAGUGUGUCAUGGAUGAGAUCUAAGGAUGGCACUCUUCCAGGUGGACCCUGCACUCUGUGUGCUGGCAGCAGAGUCAGCCGUGGGACCGGGGCAGAGUCCUCAGAACUGCAGGAGCUGCUGUGAUUGGGGGUGUCACAAGAGGACGUACCGUCUUGUUUUCCUGAUGCAGAAAGGUGACCAAUGAAGAUGCACCCCCAAACCACAAUCCUCCCUCAAAUCCACGUCGG